UAGAUUCAGUGGACCGGGCGGUGGGCUCACGGACUCAUAUUCCCCCAUUCGGCUCGGAUCGAAUAUUCUUGAGCCGCCGCCUUUCGCGGACGUUACGAAACGUGUCCUUCAUCUCGCUGGCCCACUUACAUUUCCCCGACCGUAGUUUAGAUUCAUCAUGGGCCCUCCACGUGACUCCAGUAUUAUUCCAUUGGGAGGAAUAUUCCACGUUGGCAUCCACGUGGCAACCAUUCACCGUCGGAUUGUCAUACUAUUUGACUUCUUAAAAGAUCCAACGGCCGCAAACCAAGUAAAUGUACGUAGGAGAUGGUUCUUUACAUGUCACUUUCAUUUUUUCGGCCGAGAUUCGUCGCCGAGCUUUCCUCGACAUGUUCUCUUUCAUUUGUUUAUUAAUUAUCUUUCUCAGGUGUCGAUUUAUAAAGCCUGAGAAAACGAGUAGUUUGUUCUUGUUUCUUUGCUAGAUUCAUUUCAUUGUGCUGUUGGAAAGCUUCUUCUCUGUUUCCGUUUUUCGUCAUUUUGUGAAUUUUGGUUCGAGACGAAUGGAGAGAAAUAGUUUUGGUGGAGGAGAAGGGAGUUACGGUUACGAGAACGGAGUGAUUAUGACGAGAGACCCGAAGCCGAGGCUGCGGUGGACGGCUGAUCUUCAUGAUCGUUUCGUCGAUGCCGUCACCAAACUUGGAGGCCCUGACAAGGCAACUCCCAAAUCUGUGUUGAGAGUGAUGGGCUUAAAGGGCUUGACAUUGUACCAUUUAAAGAGCCAUUUACAGAAGUAUAGAUUGGGACAACAGGCAAGGCGACAAAGCCCUUCAGAACAACAUAGAGAAAACUGUGGGGCUUCAUUUGUACAAUUCAGCGAUAAUUCUUAUGCACACCAACAAGGAGAAAUCUCAGUGACAGAGGCAUUUAAGUGUCAAGCUGAAGUACAACAGAGAUUACAAGAGCAUCUUGAGGUGCAAAAGACAUUGCAGAUGAGAAUAGAGGCACAAGGGAAAUACUUGCAAACAAUUUUAGAUAAAGCUCAGAAGAGCCUCUCGCUUCACGAUAUGAACGCGAGCGCCUCUGGUAAUGCAGAAGCUACAAGGGUUCAGUUGAUGAGCUUCAAUUUGGCUUUGUCAAAUCUCAUGGAAAACAUUAAUGAACCAGAUCGAAAAGGGAACAUACUUCAGAUAAAUGAUAUCUUGAAGAAGGCGAAUACAAAUGGUUCUGCUUUCCAGAUUCAAGGAGUCUGCAAGAGGGAAGCUGAUAUUGAUAACGAAGACGUUAAGCUUGAGUUGAAUAGCAAAGGGAGGCUUGAUUUUAUCUCUGCUAAUGGGAUUGAAUGGGAUGGAAGUUUGCUUUCAUAUAAGAGAUAAAAAUUCACCCAACCCCCAUUUGCUUUCAUGACAUCUACUGAUCAUUACUAAAGUAUUUUAGUUUCUAUAAUUAACGUAUAUGUAACCUAAUUUUAUU